UACACACACACUGAGAAAGACUGAGAGAAGCAGUUAAUUCACCAUCGGGAGUGAUGGCCUGCAUGCCUGGUUAGCAUAUUUCUGUGGCUAUCUGUAAUAAACACUUACCAUGGAUGGGAGAAAUGAGAAGUUGUUUUCCAGAAAAAGAAGUUUCACUUUCGGGGCUUACGGAGGGCUUGACAAGUUCAUAACUGGAACCGAGAGCAGCUGUGAUGAGGCUGUGGGUCACAACAUUCUGGAUGUUUUGGAUUCUCCCACUAGUGAGGCUAAGCCACUUACUUGUGUGCCAUCCAGUCAGAAAGUCACAGAGUUGUUUGCAAUCAUUGAAAAGCUGCAGGGUAGCAGAUUAGAUGAACAGCGUUGUGAGUUCCCACCACCUCUAAAGACACGACUGUUAAAGAUUGGAGAUGGCUUACCUCUCAUCCUGCCUCCUAAAUCUGGAGGUUAUUGGAUCGACCCUCCUCUGGAUAGACAAGUGGAGACCAGCCCAACUCUCUCUCAGGGGGGGUUCGGCCUGGAGAGCUACGACAUCAUGGAGAGAGACAGUGAAGCUAAAGUCUAUCAGGAGUUUUUCCGCCACAGAUAUCAUCAUUCAUUCACCGCCUGUGACCCUGCUCUUGGGCCUCUAGUUUUGUCUGUUUGUCUUGAGGAAGAGGAAAAUCGUUUACGGGUAAUUCUGAGGAUGAAAGAGUGCUCAAUUCAUGGCACAUUCUCAGUUUCUCUCUUUCAACAAUUCCCCACUGCUGUGGAGUUGGCAAAGAUGCUGUGCUCGAGUGUCAGUGUGAUGUGUUUUGAGGCCGUGAGUUACUUAAAGGCCCCAGAGAUCAUAAUGGCGUUUGAUGAACACAGAGUGUCUCAAAACUUUAAAUUUGGUGUCUUAUACCAAAAAGAAGGACAGUUAACAGAGGAAGACAUGCUCAGUAACAAUGAGGAAAGUGAGGAGUUUUUAGAGUUUUUAUCAAUACUUGGGCAGACGGUCAAUCUGCAAGGAUUUACUGGUUUCAGAGGAGGUCUGGAUGUGUCUCAUGGCCAGACAGGGAAUGAAGCCGUUUUCACCUCUUUCCACGGACGAGAGAUUAUGUUCCAUGUUGCUACUAAACUGCCGUUCACUGAAGGAGAUACACAACAGCUGCAGAGAAAAAGGCACAUUGGGAAUGAUAUUGUUGCUCUGGUGUACCAGGAAGGUCACACUCCAUUCAUUUCAGAUGUGAUCAGAUCCCAUUUCUUGCAUUGUUUCAUUGCAGUUCGGAGGAUAAAGAGAGAGAAUGAAGGAGAGGGAGGAGAUGGAGGCUCAUUUCAGGUGUCUGUCACUGCUAGGGAGGAUGUGCCCCCAUUUGGCCCACCCCUUCCCACGCCACCCAUUUUUACAGAGGGCUCAGUUUUGAGAGAGUUCCUCUUGACCAAACUUAUAAAUGCUGAAAUCUCUUGUUACAAGGCAGAAAAAUUCAGUCGACUGGAGUUACGUACACGUUCGUCUCUCUUGGAAGCACUGCGGUGUGAACUGUCUUCCCGCUCCCAGUGCAUGCUGGGAGAGCCAUCGCAGCCCAGCAUCCCUCUCACUGAAGGGGGGAGAAGUGCUCCAGAGGGCGGUGGAGGAUUCAUUGAGAACUUUAAGAGAGCUAUUAGGGUGAGAAGCCAUUCAUUUGACACUUUGGGAGUGCCAAAGAAGGCAACUGGUGUAGCAGCACAGCGAACGAAGGUCAGCAAAUACCUAAUGUUCUAUUAAUUAUCCAAAAAGUGUCAUCAAUUUAUGAUUGUGCUAAAAUAUGAUCGUUUUGUUUUUACUUUCAUUUAAACACUGGAAAAGGAUGAAAGGUAAAAAUUAUUUUAAAACAAUAAUGUAUUGAUAAAUUAAAUAAAACUUUAAGUUACAUAUAAUUUCAUUUUACCUUACCCACAGCGAACAGCCAAGCAACACUGAGACAAGAGGUCAAAUCAGUCCCCAGGACGACCUGUAGAUGAUGGAUGACGCGAUAUCUGAAGCCUGAGCACAAAAGCCUACUACACACACUUCAAGAUAGGUGGUUAUCACCACUUAUCAGCACAAUGAAAAUAGAUUAAACUUUGUAUUACGUUCAUAGCCGCAAGUGCAAUCUGAAAGUUCUGAUUCUAUAUAAAUAAGAAUAUUUUAUCUUAACAUAUGCUUUGAAGUGUUUAGAUUUAAUGGAUGCUUACAGCUGAAGUAGCCACACAAAUUUGGGCAUCACCUCUAGAAUUUUGCAGACUAUUUUUCUGUAUUCACAUCUGUGAUUAAAUGUGCAUUUCAUUUUGAUCAGCAAUUAGGUAAAAGUCAAAUAUGACUAGAAAAAUAUAUUGUAAUAAUUAAGUUUAAUCCACCAAAAAUACUACGCAUCAGCUACUUGAGUUUUGGCUGUCAUGUUGCUUUAUUGCACAUUUGGUAGAACUUUAGUUAGAGGUGGUUUGUCAAUGUGCACACAAGUUUGUUUUAAACCUUUCAGCAUUGGAAUUA